UAAAUCACCCCCCUUCAAACAGCAACAAAAUGUGGUGCAUUGUGAAUUUGCCGAACGGUACCCAGCAGGCUGUCAAAUGGGAUCCCAAAGCCAUUGGCCAAGAAUGCUUAGAAAAGGUCUGCAAAGCCUUGGACAUAAUCUGUGAAAUGGAAUAUUUCGGUCUGGAACAUUGGGCGCCAAAUCAAAAAGAGUCACGUACCCGCCAAUGGAUCAACUUGCGUAAUCGCCUAUCCUGUGAUGGUACCGGCGGCAGUGGUAUACCCUUAAUGUUGGCUCUGCGUGUCAAGUUCUGGGUCCCAGUACAUUUUAUCCUGCAGGAUAGUGUAAGAAAUCUCUUUUAUAUGCAAGCCAAAUCGGAUCUGUUGGAGGGACGUUUAAAUGCUCGCAAUUGGUCAAAUGCUGCUAAAUUGGCAGCAUUCCUGUGUCAGGCAGAUGGUUUAAUAUUUAAUGAGGCUACCCUGAAGGCGGAGUGUCCGUUGAAAAUGCGUCGUGAACAUGAAAAGAGGUUGCAGGAGCAACAACAACAGCUGUUACAACAACAGCAGCAGCAACAACAGUCGGCUCAGAAGGAACGCAAAGAUCGGGAUCAUGUGCUGUCGUUUAAGAAGAGGAGGCUAUCGAAACAGAAGUCCGUGGAGAAUAUAGAUACACCACAAAGUCAGGCAAAUGCUGUCGCAAAUUCCUCCUCCGCCGCCGCCUCCUCUCCCUCAACAUCCUCAGCGUCCGUAAAUUCAAACUCGGCAUCGACGACAGCUUCCACGAUGCCAGCUGCUGCUUCGACCUCCUCCUGCCCGGCCUUGACCUGUAGCUUACACCAAAAACCACUUACCUCAAGUACAAAUGAAACUACUACCAAAGUACCUAACGAAACGAAAAGUGCCUGCGAUAUUUGUAGUCUUAACGAGUCCAUAGAAAAUACCAUUAAAAAUUCUCCCCUGCGUAUCUAUCAGGAUUACGUGAUAAGGCCAGUAAAUGAAGAUGAGACCGGCCACCUGCCCGAUGAAUUUCUCAAGCAGAUAGCCGUGGAACAUGGCAAAUUGGCAAUGUUGAAAAUGUCACCCAAGUCCGCUAAAUAUUGGCUGCUGCAUGAGAUUCAAGAUCUGCCUGGCUAUGGUGAGGAAGUUUUUUGCGGUUUCACCAUUGGUGAAAAUUCGCAGCGUUGUGAUAUAGCAGUAGGAGCGCAUGGCAUACGAGUUUCAACCGGAGAUAAUGUAAAGAACAUUCCAUUUAGCGCAAUUGCUGCUGCUAAAUCGUUUAGACGUACAUUUAAACUAGAAUAUGUAGACGAUAACAAUGAUCGCCGCGAAGUGGAUAUUAAAUUACCCAAACACUGCAUUGCCGCCGGUUUGUACCGUUCCAUUACGGAGCGUCAUGCCUUCUAUGUGUGUGACAAGGUGCGCGGUGUGGUAACCAAUCAAUUUACCCGAGAUCUCAAGGGAACCAUUGCCUCGAUGUUCAAAGAAGACACCGAACUGGGCAAGAAAUACAUUUUCGAUAUUCGCCAUACGAGCCGUGAGGUAAUUGAAGAAGCCAGACGCGUUUUGCAUAAGCGUGGCAUUGUAACCUCAGUGCGUGAUAAUGAGCUGGCAUCAGCGUCAACGCCAUCCUCGUCGUCGUCGUCGGCAUCAUCGCAAAACGAUGGCACUGAAGUGGAAGACCUGGCACAUUUAAUGCCCAUUAUGAAAGGUUUCAAUGAGACUUCGGCCAAUGCGGCAGCCUCAUCGAUGGCCUGCAGUUUGGAUAUGAUGUUGCGGGAAAAAGAAGAACGUGAGGCGGCAAUUGAGCGCUGUGUUGACACUCGCAUCUCCGAGGCAAUGACAUGUAAAAUAUGUAUGGAUAAUUCCAUAAAUACCAUGUUUAAUCCCUGUUGUCAUGUUAUGGCCUGUUCCCAAUGUGCAGCCCGGUGUGAUAAAUGCCCGAAUUGUAGGGUCAAAGUUACGGAUGUGGUUAAGAUUUAUUUGCCACCUGAAUUGAGGAGUUCAUCGUCGUCGGCGGCAACUACGCCCACAAAAAGUCAUGAAACCACAGCAACAAAUGUACCUAAAUUGACAGCGGUGGCCUAA